ACGAGUGCCAUGAUUAUAUGUCAAACAAUCAACCAUAAACUCUCCUCUAUCCCAAUUCUUAGCACACAGAAGCUCAGAGAGAUACAUACGUAUGGAGGAUAAUAAUCAAGAUAAGCCUCAUGCUAUUAUGGUACCUUGCCCUUUCCAAGGACACAUCGUCCCCUUUAUUCAUCUUGCAAUAAAGCUAGCAUCAAAAGGCUUCUCCAUCACCUUCAUCAACAAAGAAAAAAUCCACCACCAAAUCACCAAGGCUUCUCUUGAUCAAGAUCCCAAAACCAGUACCCAAGACGAUAUCUUCACUGAAGCACGUAAAUCUGGCUUGGAAAUACACUACGCAACCAUAAGCGAUGGGUUUCCUCUAGGGUUUGAUAGAUUCCUCAACUCAGACCAAUUUUUGCAUGGUCUUCUAGAUGUCUUCUCAGCUCACGUUGAUGAUCUUGUUGGAAGGAUAGUGAAUAGAGAAUCAAGAAUCAGUUGCUUAAUCGCAGACACUUUCUUUGUGUGGCCAUCGAUGAUUGCCAACAAGUAUAAUCUUGUUAAUGUUUCAUUUUGGACUCAACCAGCUUUGGCUUUCACUCUCGACUAUCACUUGGAUCUCCUCAGGAUUAAUGGUCAUUACGCUUGUCAUGAUAAUCGCGAGGAUGCUAUAGACUAUAUACCAGGAGUGGAAGGAAUCGAGCCGAAGGACUUACCAUCGUAUCUUCAAGCUCCCAAUACAACAACCGUUGAGCGCAGAAUAGUACACAAAUCAGUAUUUGAGGAUGUGAAAAAAGCUGAUUUUGUUAUUUGCAAUGCAGUAGAAGAGCUUGAACCAAAAACCAUCUCAGCCCUCCAAGAGAAGCAACCCUUUUAUCCAAUUGGUCCUAUCUUCGCCCUUAAUGGGUUCACCAUGAAUACUGUGGCUACUAGCCUGUGGUCCGAAUCAGACUGCACCCACUGGCUCCAAGCCAAGCCUCAUGGGUCUGUUUUAUACGUCUCUUUUGGUUCCAUUGCUUGUUGUAGCCGAGAGGAAAUUGCCGAGAUGGCCCAUGGGCUCUUGCUUAGUGAAGUGAGUUUUAUUUGGGUACUUCGUCCUGAUAUUAUGGGUUCUUAUGAUAAUGAUAUUUUACCCGUUCGAUUUAAAGAUGAGAUCAAAGAUAGGGGAUUGGUGGUCCCAUGGAGCUGCCAGAUUUCAGUGAUUUCUCAUCCAACGGUUGGAGGGUUUCUAACACAUUGUGGGUGGAAUUCUGUGCUGGAGAGUAUAUGGUUUAAUGUUCCGAUGCUGUGUUAUCCUGUGUUCACUGAUCAAAUUACUAAUAGAAAAUUAGUGGUUGAUGAUUGGAAGAUUGGGCUUAAUCUUUGUGAUAGGAAGCCAAUCAGAAGAGAUGAAAUAGCAGAAAAGAUAAAUCGUUUAAUGAGUGGAAAAUCAACCAAUGAUUUGAGGAAGAAUAUGGAGCAAAUCAAAGAGAAAGUAGAACAUGCAAUAUCCAGUGUUGGAUCCUCAGAAAAAAAUUUCAACCAGUUUAUUGGUGAUCUCAAGGUCAGAAUUUCCAAAGUGGCUUGCAUUAGGGUUAAGGGAUAGAAUUUGAGUGUCUUUUUCAUCUCAAUUAAAGAAUAAAUUCAAGUCUUAAAAAGUGACCAUUUUAAUGUGAGCAAGCCAAGCAAUGCAUUUGUUAAUAACCAUAUAUAA